AUACAGGGCUUAAGCUUAGUGUGGAUACAAGUUACAUGAUGACAAAACACCAGCCACAAGUCUUUGCAUGUUGCAAAGUAAGAAAACAACUUUAGCUUUUGAAGUGCUGAGACCACGCAUAUCAGAAUAACUGUGAUAUCAGAUGUGCAAAAUUGAAGGAGAAUAUGCAUUAAAUGCAUCUUGCUGGUGCAUCUUUAUGUUAAGAGAUGUAAGUUGAUGUGAGAAAUUAAUUCUUUGAUAAUUGAAAGUCUGUUGUGGUGCACAGAGUGACAUUGUAUUGUUGGACUGUUGGAAGAAAUGUUUGUCUAUAAAUCUGUUUUUGGUGAUAGCAAAUUUCAAAAAAAGAAAUUAAACUAUAUUUCUUAUACUUGAUCCAAGCUGUAAAUUGGUUGAAAAUAAUUAUUUUGUUAAUACUGGGAGCAAUGUGCUAGAAAUCAAACCCCACUACUCCAUGAGCCAUGCAAAAGUGUAAAUAUCUUUGUAUAUCAGCAAAGUAGUUAAUUCAUUCCUGAGGAAGGGUCACUGGACCUGAAAUGUUAACUCUGAUUUCUCUCCACAGAUGCUGCCAGAUCUGUUGAGCUUUUCCAGCAAUUUAUUUCGUUUCUAAUUUCUAGCAUCUGCAGUUCUUUAAUUUUUUAGUCAAUUCCUUUUCUUUACUGCUGUUUACCAGAGACUUUUAUUAGCUUUCUUCAGUAAAAUCAAAAGCAACUUAUUUAUUAGAAAUAAACUUUCUACAAUAUUUUAAUCCUCAUUAAAGUCUCAUGUCCCCUUAUUAUGACAAAUGACUUGUGUUUUGUGAUGUACCAAUUUAAAAUCAGAUGAUCAUAAAAAGAUAUGAAAGUUGAUACUUUCAAAUUCAUGCAACUGUAUGCGUGGUAUUCUUGGCCGAAUGUUAUCCUCUGCUUUUUUGGUGGGUUUUUACUAGACAAAGUAUUUGGAGUGCGCUUGGGAACAAUAAUCUUCAGUUUGUUUGUCUGUGUUGGACAAGUUAUCGUUGCUGCUGGAGCACUGUUGAAUGCAUUUUGGCUAAUGGAGCUGGGGCGAUUUGUCUUUGGAAUUGGCGGGGAAUCACUUGCUGUUGCACAAAACACGUAUGCAGUUAGCUGGUUUAAAGGCAAAGAGCUAAACCUUGUAUUUGGGCUGCAACUAAGCAUGGCCAGACUGGGUAGCACUGUGAACAUGAACAUUAUGGGGUGGAUCUAUGGAAGAGCAAUGAAGAUGAUGGGCUCUGUAGGUCACAGCACGCUUGGUAUAAGUCUCAUGAUAGCUGCGGCUACAUGUGUAUUUUCCUUGUUGUGUGCGUUUGCCAUUGCUUACUUAGACAAAAGAGCUAAGAGGAUUUUAAAGAAAGACCAAGGAAAAACAGGUGAUGUUGUGAAACUAAAAGAUGUGAAAGAUUUCCCUUUAUCCCUCUGGCUGAUAUUCAUCAUCUGUGUUUGUUAUUAUGUGGCCAUUUUCCCAUUUAUCGGACUUGGGAAGGUGUUCUUCAUAGAAAAAUUCAAAUUUUCUCUGAAACAAGCCAGUUUAAUCAACAGCAUUGUGUAUAUUAUCUCUGCUCCAGUUUCACCAGUAUUGGGAUUUCUGGUGGAUAAAGUAGGAAAGAAUGUAUUUUGGGUUAUGUCUGCUGUGCUAAUCACAUUGGCUGCACAUAUGAUGUUGGCAUUCACCUUCUGGAAUCCUUGGAUUGCUAUGUGUCUGUUGGGAGUAUCUUACUCUUUACUUGCCUGUGCAUUGUGGCCUAUGGUGGCCUUUGUUGUUCCUGAACACCAGCUGGGCACAGCUUAUGGCUUCAUGCAGUCCAUACAGAACUUGGGUCUUGCAGUGAUUGCAAUUGCUGCAGGUUCCAUAUUGGAUUCCAAAGGAUAUCUAUUUCUUGAAGUGUUUUUCUGUGCUUGUCUUUGUGGGGCACUGAUAUCAGUUGUAAUGCUCUACUUUGUGGACUUGUUGACUGAAGGUGAUCUCAAUGUGACUGCAUGGAAGCGUUCAAAACUCCAAGCUGUCGCUGCAGCAGAGGCUGAGAAAGCAGAACGCAUUCGUCAACAACAAGUGGAGGACUUAGCUAAAAUUCAACCAAUGAGUUCUUUUGCAGUAAGGAAUAGAUACCUUUCCAGACUUGGUGCACAACUACCAGAGAAUUACAGCGUCCAUGUAUCUGCACUGGCAUAUAGGAGUGUACUCAAAUGACUUGGAUGAUAUGCUCAGAAAGUUACCACCAUUUUAAACUUUCAGAAUUAUGAAGCUGAUAAAAAGAAACUGGAAGAAAUCUCUUACUGUACUUUUUAUAUUGGAAGAAUCAUUGACACUAUCAUAAAUUUUAUUUUGUACAUUUUUUCACUUGGGUAAAGAUCAUGGCUUCAAUAUAUUUAAAAUUUUAUUUUAUCUGUAUAAAUGCGAAUGUUUUACUUGAAUUAGAACAUGAAAUUGAGAAAUUUGAACAACCAAAAAUGUCCAUGUAUCAUCAAACUUGAAGGUGUGGAAAAUUCCAAAGUUUUUGGAUAGUUUACGCUGCCCGUAAAUUUUCACUCUACAAUUUGGACUGUAAUUAUCAUUAAAACUGCAGUCGAACUCAGUUCUUUGAGCGAAUAUGCAAAUUUUGUUUAGUCUUCCAGCGUGUUUUAUCAACAUGCCCAGAAAUUGCACAUUCACUGUAAAUGACCGUUUUUAAUUGAAUAAAGUUUUUUUGUAAAAUUAAA